AUGGCGAUUCAUCCAACCUUGGUACUACCUACUGGGGCAAACUUCAUUGCCCUAGGUCAAGCAGGGGCUGUAUUCCAUGAUGACAAUGGAAUCGUCAACAAGAUCCCUAUCGUCCAUGAUUUCACAGGAUGUGACGAAGCAGCCAUCGUACACCAUCGUCAUCUGGAAUACAUCUCCGAUGUGUGUAUCACUCGCGAAAAGCUCAUCUACCAAACUUUACCCAAGAAUUCAAAUAUCCUUGAUUGUCUCAAAAUCUCAGACUGCGGACUCUAUUUCCCCUACCACCAACUCGGGGACCUGCGUACCUAUCUAUCCGAUCAUCAAGUCUCACAAGGCACACGAGGCCGUUGGAUAAAAAAUGCUAUCGACGCUAUCGCAUUUGUCCACAGCCACGGUGUUGUCCAUGCUGAUAUUGCGCCACGAAACUUUCUUGUUGCGGAUGACUUAUCUCUAAAGCUAUGCGACUUUGCUGGCUCAGUCAUUGUAGGGGAUGAUAUGGAGAGCUGCGUUGCGGAAGAGGAUAGAUACCGCUUAGCACCAGGAUCACCUCGAUCCUUUACAACCGAUUUGUUUGCUUUGGGGUGCCUGAUCUAUGAGAUCUCUAGUGGCAGCCCACCGUACGAUGGUAUUGAUACUGAAAAGGUCACUGAGCUUUAUGCUAUCAAAAGAUUUCCCAGCUUAAAGGGUCUCAGAUACCGCAGCCUUAUUAAGAACUGCUGGAAUUCCACUUACACAACCGCGAGCAUGCUUCAAGUCGAUUUUGAUCACUACGAACAUGAUAACGGUCAAGCUCCUACAUUUAGUCUUUGGGGUCGUGGUCUUCUGAUGCCAGCUUUUUGUACGUUUUGUUUCGGUUCCGUUAUUUUCCUAGCUUACCAGAUGCGGACUUUGAAAUGA